AUGCUUGAAAGCUCCAGCAAUGCGCAAGGUGAAUCUUGUGGUUUCUCAAAAACUGUCGCUUUAUGUCACGUUUUGAAAGCACGAAAAGCGGAUAAUUUUCAGAAGAAAAUGUCUUUGCAUCGAGUGGAACAAACCGGUGUAAAAGUGGAAUUACUGAACGGAAAAAAUAUCGAAGUGAGUUGUCGUUCGGAUGCGAUUGCUUCAGAAGUUGCGGAUGUGGUGAUGAGGCAUAUCAAUUUCAACGAAAAUUCAUUCUUUGGUCUUACGACUUUAAGAGAUGGUGAGCACUUCUUCUUGGAAGAGAAUCAGCGAUUGGAGAAGUUUGCUCCGUCGGGUUGGAAAAAUGCGUAUCAUCAUGGGGUUGCGAUCAGGCGACCGUACAAUCUGUAUUUAAGGUUUCGAUACUAUCCUGCCACCACCAAUUUUAUCAAGUAUGUUCUUGUGAUAUUUUAUUAUUAUUGUGUUGUGGUUCGUUUUAUUUAA